AUGGGAUUCGAACGACUUUCGCUGAAUGGACGGUGGACCGUCAGCAGCAGCAAUGGAUCUAUCACCGUACCCAGCACUGUGCCUGGUGGGGUACACACGGAUCUCAAGAUGGCGGGUAUAAUAGGCGAACCAUAUUACGGCGACGGUGAUCUUGACUACGAAUGGGUUGGUCGGGAAAACUGGACAUUCUACAGAAGCUUUAAAGUUCCCAUGUACAUUUUCGGUUACCGCUCCAUAACCCUCGUGGCUCACGGCAUCGACACUGCCUGCAAGGUGAAAUUGAACAGCAUUGACGUACUCAGUACGAGCAACAUGUUCGUCCGCUACGAAGUCGGCGUGAAAAUCUUGCUUAGGGCUUUCAUCAAUGCCCUAUUUAGGGUGUUCACGAACCUUGACGCUCUUGCGUCCGUCGGUCCUUUCUUUCUGCGACCCGUUGAGCCACGUACGACUGAAGAUCGUGCAGAACCAACCCACUCAAAAUCAUUUGCGCCAUCAAAGCAUCUCGCUUUUGUCGGUGCGCAAAUGCAGAGAAACAACAGCAUCGUGGUGAGCUGCGAGUCGCCGGUGAAGUACGCCUUUCGCAAGCACAGGGAGCGACGGAUCAUGGGCCCCGUGUUGCCGACGUGUCCACCACCGGAGCAGAGGGGGCAGUGUCACGUGAACAUGAUCCGCAAGAUGCCGUGCUCGUUCGGCUGGGACUGGGGGCCUUCGUUCCCCUCCACCGGAAUCUGGAAACCGAUUGAACUAGAGGCCUACGACGGAGCUGCUAUUCGAGAUGUUACUGUGACGACGGUGCUACAACGGAUGAAUGACGGAGUGGACAGAUGGGUCAUCGAAGUCGGCGUGUUCUUCACGCUGUCUCGGCGUGCAUCAAAAAACGGCACCAUAUUGAUUAGUCUGGAUGAUACCUUUUUGGUCACUUCAGCGGUGAAUUUCAAUAAUCUGAAAGAUCGGCGCCUACCAUUUGAAGAUUACAGUGGAAGGGUGAAAGUUCCCGUGGUCAUCCCAGACGCUAUACAAAUAGAGCGCUGGUGGCCGACCGGCUACGGAAGUCAGAAGCUGUACCAGCUCAACGUGACCAUGUCGGUCGAUGGUGAGCUGUGCGACAAGAUCAUCAAAUUUGGGUUUCGCACCGUUGAACUCAAGGAAGACGCUAUCGCCGAAGUCGCGGACGGCGCGGAGUUCUACUUUAAUAUCAACGGUGUGCCAAUAUUCGCCAAAGGGAGCAACUGGAUUCCAGCGGACAUCUUUCCGGAAAGGGUUGCGGAAGAGUACGUUAGAGAGCUGCUGCAGUCCGCCAAGGAUGCCAACAUGAACAUGAUUCGUGUGUGGGGCGGCGGCAUUUACGAGACAGAUUACUUCUAUUCCCUGGCGGAUGAACUUGGGAUUCUGAUCUGGCAGGACCUGAUGUUCUCUGUCAGCCUCUAUCCCGCAGAUAAAGCGUUUCUUCGCAGUGUUGCCGUUGAAGUGAAGCAACAGGUUCGUCGUCUUCAGCACCAUCCGUGUCUGAUCGUAUGGGCUGGCAACAACGAGAAUGAAAAUGAUCUGUUCAGCGACGUAUGGUAAGUAAUGGGAGAUAUGAUCAACUUUUUGGACGACUAUCGAAAACUGUACGUGUACACCGUUAAGACAGUUAUUGACAGAGAGGAGAUGUCCCGUCCGUUCCUCUCUUCAUCUCCCAGCAACGGCAGGGACGGCAGUCCUUUCUUUCUGAACACUUCAAUUCCCGCACACUUGAGCUUCAACAACGUACAAGACAUCUGGACACGAGGUUCGCCGAACAGCGAAACACGUGGCGACGUGCACUUCUACCAAUACUGGGAAAAUAGCUGGGAACCGUCGUUGUACCCCAUUCCCCGAUUCGUGAGCGAGUUCGGUCUGCUGUCCUACCCGUCUGCUGAAACCAUGGGGAAAGUAUCGCCGGAGUCGACGCUCGUAUUCCCUUUCUCGCCAUUCCUCGCAUCUAGACAGCGUCACAGCGGAGGUUGCGAGUCGUUCCGACGUUGGCGCGGCUACCUCGAACAUGACGGCCGUGGUCACACCAUGGGCGUUCUUUUCUGGCAGCUCAACGAUAUCUGGCAGGCCCCGUCCUGGUCUUCCAUCGAGUACGGUGGUCGUUGGAAAAUGCUGCACUACUUCGCCAAGAAGUUCUUCAGUCCAGUGCUCGUGUCACCGUUUAUAAAUGGAACGGAUCUUCGCGUGUCUUCCGUAACGGGACCAAUUUUCACCGACUUGGAGCCACACUUGUAUACUUAUCAUGUGGAGCUUCUCGCGGACAACGUGGCGCUCUUCGUGUGGCUCGACUCGCAAGCUCUGAGCGGUCGCUUCUCGGACAACGGGUUUCUCCUCAAGGAUCCCGCCAAGGUGGUCCAGUUUACGACCUCCGACAGCGUGACUCCCGAGCAGCUUCAAAAAGCCAUAGUUAUCUACACCGUCUCGGAUUGCACGGCUGAGCCACAUUGCCCUCUUGGCAUUGCCACAAACGAGACGCUCUACGAUCUGCAACAAACUGCGUUUGACGAAGAGCGUGAAAUGAUUCCGCUAAAGGCGUGA